GCAGUACUGUCGCUCGUUGGCGUGGCAGGUUACUGCAUUGGGCUCUGUUUUCGAGGAAGAGCUUUCCGGAGCUUACAAUAUAACACGCUGUUGGGUAUGCUUUCUCAUAGCUCGGCUAUUUUACUUGUCUAUCUUCGAGAAAUAAUCACGGCCAAUAACAACGUUUUUUUUUUGCUAUCUGAGAUCGUCGCAGGCUAGAACCGACGUCCUUGCGCCCCGUUGCCUGGCUCAUAUUAAAACGUGGUCGCUCUUGUUAUCCCUGUAAGGAAAUGUGAACACUUCAGACUCUAGAGGUCUCCAUCCUUCAGCAUCCACCUAUCUCACUCGUCUCAUUGUGUGCAAGGAGUGGAGAAAGAGAGAUCGGAGCCCAGAGGCACCUAAAUCAUGCAUCCUCGGUGAAAAGAGGCGAAACUCCCAUCUGCCGGGCGUUUGAAAUGAACCGAUCGCAACGAGACGCCACUUUUCUCCAUGAGGGCUCGGUCGCUCCAAUUGUGUGAGAUAUGCAAGUUGGGGACCCAGUUAAAUAUAGAGGUGUAUGUCAUUUAUUCCGAAAUUUCUUCUGGACUUUUCCUGUGUGACUGUACCUUUUGGUGACUCAAAUGAUUAGUAAGGAAGGCAGAAUAGCUUCUUUUUAGAUCUCCAGUGCUGGAUUUUCAGUAAAUCUCCGUGUCACGAUGCCUGCAAGAAUCCGAUCGCUGUUUCUAGUUCUGUUGAGCCUGCUGACCGUGCAUGCCAAGACGGAGAUGAAGAGGGUGGUUGGGGACAACGCCACGCUGCCCUGCCACCACCAGUUCUGGCAGGCCGACGCCCAGACACUGGACAUCGAGUGGCUCCUGCUGAAGCCCAACUCCAAACAGGGAGUGGUGAUCACCUACUUUGCGGGCAAAGUGUACGAUCCCAAUGAGAACGAGGAGGGCCGCUGGUCCUUCGCGGGGGAUUACAUGAAGGGCGACGCCUCGCUGCUCAUCGGCGACCUCGCGCUCGGUGACACUGGGGAGUACACCUGCAAGGUCAAGAAUGGCGGCAAAUAUUACUGGAGCACGGUCAGCCUCAACGUUCUGGUGAAGCCCUCCAAACCCCAGUGCUGGAUGGACGGCCGUCUGCUGGAAGGCAGUGACGUCAAGCUGGGCUGCAGGUCGGCCGACGGCUCGGAGCCCAUCCACUACAAGUGGGAGAGGGUGCUGGACAAGGGCAAGAGCGUGGGGAAACUGCCGCCUCUGGCCCUCAUAGAUUUGAAGAACCCAGAGAUCAUCACCUUGAGGAACCUCACGCUUGACAGCACGGGGGUAUACAAAUGUACCGCUCACAAUGACGUGGGGGAGGAGAACUGCAUCAUUGAGGUCACCAUGCACUAUGUGCGGGGGAUGGGUGUGGUGGCCGGUGCGGUGGUGGGCGUGUCCUUCGGGGUCUUGCUCAUCAUCCUCAUCAUCUGGCUUGUCUUCCGGAAGAAGGAGAAGAGGAAGUAUGAGGAGGAGGAGACCCCCAACGAGAUACGGGAAGACGCCGAGGCGCCCAAGGCCAAGCUGAUGAAGCCCAACUCGCUGUCCUCCUCCCGAUCGGGAAGCUCCCGGUCUGGCACCUCCUCCACGCAGUCCAUGGUGCACAGCACCGCCACCCGCGGGCACCGCCCCCGCCCCCCAGCCGUGGCAGCCUUGAAGGAGAACGGACAGCCCCCCGGUUUCAGCCAGCCCCCCCCCGCAUACACACAGGUGGAGACCAAGACGCUCGAGCCCGACACCCCCAAGUUCACCUCCAGGAACCUGAGCGUCACCCCAGUCAUGAUCCCCGCCCAAAGCAAGGCCUUCCAGACUGUGUAGGAGGAAGUGACAUCAGCGGCCACGAUACUCAAGAAGCCCCCUUCUGCUCCACGGCGCCACCUUGCACUCCUUAUACUCCGAAAACCAGGACAAAAAAUACUUUCUCUUCAGAAACAACUGAAUGCAACAAAAAAAAAACAGAUAUCGUUUAAGUAAAAUUAAUAAAUGUUUUAGUGAAUGCCUACCUAAACGGAAUAACUAUGAAGUGCUUGCCCCUCUUAAAUGAAAUAAAAAAGAAAAAGUACAAACAGAGAAAUGCAUCUGUUUAUGUCCAUUCGAAGGCGACGUGUUUUUCUAAUUUUAAUUCUGAAGGCAUGGAGUGUUCAGUGUACAGCGAGGUGGAAGUGUCAAGGUUUUUUUUUGUUUUUUUUUGUUUUUAAGAAAAGAGACUCAGAGAUUUGAGCGAAUCAUCCACACAGAAGGGUCAAAAUCUGGAUUCUGGGGAGCGGGAUGAGGAGGUGGCAGGGGUGAAGUCACACUCACACUGACCAGCGAGGGACCUGCUGAGGGGGGGGGGGGGGGGUGAGGUACACCGCGAUCCUCUGUCAUCCGCAGCCACUCUCUCACCCACACACCCAAUCGGCCGUUCCCAGCAUGCACCACAGAUGCCACAUUGCAUCGCAUCAAAGAGUUGGUGGGGGGGCAGGGAGUUGCUAUGCAGAAGAGGGAGUCCUGGAGGAGACGCUGCGUCGCAUGCCGCCGUAGCCGGCCUGCAUGGCACCGCAUCGAGUGUCCCGCGGAGACCUGGCGGUGGCUGCAGGGCCCCCGUACGCCAUGAAUCACGCCAACAUCGGAAGCGGGUGACUCAUAGCUGACGUUGGAAUUUCAUCCAUGAGGACAGUUUCUCCAGAAAUGGAGAGAUGGAGGCUCCAGUCACAGGACUCACGAUGGAACCUCGACGGACGGCCCUCUCCUCCCAGGUGCCAUUGCCGAAUGUUCCGGAACCUACCUUUGGCUCGCCCAACGUCAACGUGUUAAAUCCUGGUCGUCAGAAGACACCAUGAAAAUGCCAUUUGAAAAGCCAAGGGUGGAUCGUCCUUAACGAGGAAACAUCAAAUUAACCAGGAGCUUUAUAUUGCUUUUAUUGAGUUUUGUUGUUUUUCUUCCGUUUUAUUUGAAACUCGGCCGCAGGUUGCGGCGAAGUCACUUCAGUUGCCCAGAGAAGAACCUCGAGGUUGCAGUUGUGGCCCACUGUUGGCUUUGUUUCUUUCUUUUCCUGCUUUUCUUUAUCUAAUUUUAUUGAAACCAAAUUGUAUCAAAAGGCUUUGACUGUAAGUGGAAAAAGGAGGACGGUCGAUGAGAUUGGUUGGUUUUUAAACCGAGACUGAAUAGCUAUUCAAACCUGAUCACCUAGACCAUCGAGAGACAAACAAAGGUGUACAAUGUUCACUCGCAUGGGAAUCCAGGAACAGAUUCAUUCCGUAAUUCUGCGUUCGCCGAUCCUGUGUCACGUUGACUUCUUCCUCACCCUGUUGGUUUUUUGAAACAGUUUUCAGUUUUUCUCACCCAGGCUGAGCACGAGCUACACGGACGCGAGUGAUAAACAAGGAAGAGUCGCCCAUAUCGUGUGCCUUUGAAGUCCCUCUUUCUUUCGACGGAUUCCUUUUCGUGCCCAGCAAUGGAAACAAAAAAAAAAAGUCUUUGGGAGCUUAUAUUCCAAAAAUAACACCUGAAGAACCUCGGGAGCGAGCUGGUCCUCUGUAAAUAGAAAAGUCGUAGAUAGAUGGAUUGAGUAUCCAUGCAAUAACCCUGUCAGGGAAAAUCUGUAUUAUGUAGUUAGCAUUUGUUUAAUAUUGUACAUAAGGCUAGGCAUACUGAAAUUAUGUCUUUUAGUAUAAGAGGAAGGGUAGCAGAGAGAUUAUGGAGCCAAUAUACAGUGAAAGAGUUCGUUUUAUGACCUAGAAGACCAAUAUUGUUUUUACGGCAUUAGCACUUUCUGGCUAUGCCUACACUCCCGCCUGUCAAGGCACUUUCCCUGUGGACGAAAGCAAACAAAACGUCCAGGUGUAACCUUUACGAAAUGGCAAGGCGGGCGAUGUUUGGUCCGUCUGUUUUCCUUUUUCUGUCUAAUGUGCCUUUUUUUGGAAAAAAAAAAAAUCGAUUCAGUUUUCGCAGACGGGGCUUGCGCACGUGAGGGCGGCGUGGCUCGUGGGUGAGGGCAGGGAGAUGCAGGAGGGUGACAGAACGUGGGAAGGGGGUUGGGGGAUGUGUCACGCAUCCUGCGCUUUUCCGUGGGCUGGUCUCACGGGCCUUCGGAAGCUAAAGCCGCCCAAUUAGCACCCAGGACAAACAGAACGGUAGUGAAGUUACGAGCAUCAGAUGGCAUCACAGUUCUGAAGAGUGUGAGGUGUCUGUCAGCAAAACUCCAGCAGUCUGGCUCCAAGGGCAAUUGUGGAGUGGAGGCAUAAUUUAUUUAAAGGGGCCAAGCUUAUCAUUAGCCAAUGAUAUGUUUUGAAUUGGUGAGUGAAAUGGCUGGAGCACUCCAGGGACGAAUCAGCUUUCUGGUGUGACCUGUGGCCCCGCCUCCCUGUAUAUAUCCCUGCCAGGCUCUCUCCAUGAGUGACAGCAGGAAAAGCCCAGACAAAGAUAAUUUCCGAGGAGAUGCAGGGCAAUGAAUGACAAAGCGAUUGGGGACGGCUUCCCUCUGCCCCGAAGGUCUGCGGGGUCAAAUACUGGCAACGGCCCUUCCUCGAUAGCCUAGAGCAUGUAGGUUAACCCAAACAGCUCUGGGAAAAUGUCACAGACAGAUUGAAUAAAUCACAGGUCACUUUGAAAACAGCUGAAUACGGAUGACAGAUUUUCCAAACUGAUUUGCCGGCGAGUUUUGUGAAACUAAAAAGGGGUGGCUAGUGAUAGAGGGGUAUUAUUAAGCGGAAGCGGCUGGCUACCUUAAGACUUCUUGAAUUCCCCCCCUCCCCCUUCCAUUAACUGGCCUUUGAAGAGGAAAAAAACACGGAACAAUAGAUCCACUUCCAUCCAAUUGCACGCUACGCUGUACCUUGGCACUCUCCCACGGCAGAAAAGGGAAACCCACCAAUUUUAAAAAUCUUCCACUACACUGCUUUUCUUCAGAGCCAGUAACAGCAUCUGGCAGCUUUUUUUCCUAUAAAAAAAAAACUUAGGAAAAAACAUAUUAGUGAUCUUUAAAAUGCCUUUUUUUGCUUGGAAGUCCUCUGACUGAACAGGGUUCCAAAUCUGAGCUGGGGUUUCAGAACAACCCUCUGCUCCGGACUGAAGAAAUGUUAGGUCACAUCCAUGCCACUACGUCUAAGUCCUUGCGGACGCUUUUUCACCAGCGACUGACCACGAAUCGGUGACCUUGUCUCUGACACCGUGCAGUCACUAUGUAGCACUACGUACAAAGCAAGGGAAAAUUCACCUCAACAAGGAAACGGGGAUGAUGGGACAGUCUGCAUGCUACACAUAAUUAUGUAAAGGGAUUAUUUGCCUCAAUGCUAAUAUAUACAUUCAGUGACCGGUUUAUUAGGUACACAGAUACAGCCUGUUUUUCCAAAUAGCCAAUCGCAGCGGCUCCAGCAUCCCAGAAACAGCCACCCUCCUGUGAUUUUCACACUCUACAUCAUCUAGAGUUUACAGAGAAUGGUGUGAUGAACAAAAAUGUCCAGUCAAUGGCAUUUCUAUGGCUGAGAAUACCUCAUUAAUAAGAGAGGUCAGAGGAGAAGAGCCAGCCUCGUUAAAGCCGACAUGGAGGGCCGCAAGUACAACAAUAAUGGCUCAAUAGAACAGUGGUGUGCAGAACCCUUGAAGCAGGUCUGGGUGCAGAAGUGGAUCCUACCUCUAGGACCCCACUAAGAAAGUGAUUUUGCUCCCUCCUAGUGUAGUGAUGGUCUGUGGCCAACAGGAGGCCUCAAACUUCUGGGACCCCAUCACUGCUAAUCCUACCUGGUACUAUUCAGAUACACCUAAUAAAGUGACCACUGAGUGUAUGUAUAUAUAUAUAUAUAUAUAGGCAAUAACUGUAAAUAUCACAUAUGGAAACGUUCAGCAUAUAUUUUGUUUUUCUUUUUUUCUGUUAAAUAUAUGUAAUUUGCACUUCCACACGCUGCGCUCGCAUUGGGAUUGAUUUUGUUUUGCCUGUGACACACUGUCUGGAUGUGCUAGCAGAGACAUGCUCUGCCACAGCAUGAUAAAGGGAACUACCAGCCACCAUUUACUUUCACUCAUUUCUCGCCGGUCGCAUUGCUGUCCAUCCAUUCUGUUUAUUUGUAAAACCAGCGUGUUUGGUUAACAGAAGAAUGACAUGUAAAUAUGCCCUUCACAAGUAAAAUUGUAUAUUUUUACGAUUUCUGAAUUAUUAUUGUUUAAUUUCUAAUAAAACAUUAAAUGACGAGUUA